UUGCAUGCAAGCGUUCAAUUACAAAGCUGAUGGACGCGUAGAAAUAAGAAAUAAAUACGGCGUUAAAUCCUACAUUAUCUGUGCAAUCUGUCCAUAAUAUUACAAGAAUUUUUAAGAUAAACCUCCCUGACAUUUUAUCUUUUUACCGUGGUCAUAUUUUAAACUGAAAGAAAAUGGGUGAUGUUGAAAAUGGGCAAGAAAUCGACCCGUUACAAGAUGAUCAAGAUGAUGGUGUUGGCGAAUUUGACGCUGAUGCGGAAGUUUCACUAGAUGAAACGGGAGAAACUGAAGCUGCAGCUGGACAAGAUGCAGGCAUCGAAGAUCCAGAACUUGAAGCUAUUAAGGCACGGGUCAAAGAAAUGGAAGAAGAAGCUGAGAAAUUGAAAGAAAUGCAAAAUGCUGUUGAUCUCAAAAUGAACAUGUCGUCACCAACAUUAUCGUCAGCAUUUCCGUCAAUGGAAGAGAAGAUUGAGACAGACACGCGGUCAAUCUACGUUGGUAAUGUGGACUAUGGUGCAACAGCAGAGGAGCUAGAACAACAUUUCCACGGUUGUGGCUCAAUAAACAGAGUAACCAUACAAUGUGAUAAAUUUACAGGACAUCCAAAGGGGUUUGCCUAUGUAGAGUUUGCAGAUAAAGAUUCCGUGGCAACAAGCUUAGCAUUAGAUGAUUCAUUAUUUAGAGGCAGACAAAUUAAGGUUUUUGCAAAACGUACAAAUAGACCAGGUAUAAGCUCAACAAAUCGUGGUAGACCUAGAGGACGUGGUCGAAGUAGAGGUGGUUUCUAUGGUGGAUAUGCUCCAAGACCAAGAGGGAGGGGAAGAUACAGACGAGCGUCACCUUACUACUCACCAUACUGAAAUAACCGACUGUGAAUUCUUACCUCACUGAUGCCAGCCUUGGUCCGCACACAAUCUAUUUAUAUAUUUGCAAAAUACUGUUCAGCUGUUGAAUUACAUAAAAUGUAGCUCUGCAGUU